CUCUCCUUUGCUAGAUCCGCUGAGCUCCAACCUCCUCUAGCCGCAGACCUCCGACGAUCCUCUUUCCUCCAGCCUCGGCAUAGUCAGCAAAGAAAGCAUCCUCGUCUGCAGCAUAUUUCUCAACAAGUGGGCGGAAGACACGAUCAGAGAGGAGAGCCUUGUCGGUAAUAAGAUAAAGAAGGUCAACUGCCCUCUUUUAUCUUUUAAAGGCUAACUGCCUUUUGUUUCAUUAAAAUAAAGUGGGGGAAUGUCGAGAAGGACUGACGAAGGAAUCUUGAAACUCUGUCCGCUUAUGUGUUAAUCUCAAAUCAAAGGAUUCUUUGAUUAAAACUCCUUUUUGCUACUACUGACUAUCCUAUAACAAUGUCUUUUGAUAUCUCCUCUGAUGUUACUACUGUCACUACUCCUACUACUGAGAUUUCUGCACCAAAGGUGGUUUUGGGAACCACGGUAAAGUUAAAUGGCACAAACUAUCUUCUUUGGGCACAUGCCUUUCGUAUUUUCAUUGGUGCUCAGAACAAAUUAAAUCAUCUUCUGGCAUCUCCGCCCCUCACUACAGAUCCUACCUACAGUUCAUGGCUAUCGUCUGAUUAUUGUGUUAUGACUUGGCUUCUAAACAGUAUGGAAGCACAGAUCAGUAGCAGUGUUAUGUUCUUAACCACUGCGAAGGAGAUGUGGGACAGCCUGAAGAUUAUGUACGGGAAUGAGAAGAAUGUUUCCCGUGUAUUUGAGAUCUAUGAGCGACUGUUUGCACUGAAACAGGGAGAUAGAUCAGUUCCUGAGUUCUUUGGUGAGUUGAAGGGACUGAUAGACGAACUGGAGAUGCAUCAGCCUGCAGUAGCUGAUGCAGCGACGCUGUUGGGAUAUCGCCGUGACCUGGCGGUGUCCAAGUUUCUUUCUGGAUUGCACCCUACCUUACAGUCCCAGGUGAGGGGACAGAUAUUGGGUGGAGAUACCGUUCCUUCACUAACUGCUACAUUCUCCAGAGUUAUGCAGGUCUCUACUGGUGUUACUUCUACCACUGCACCGUCUCCACCUUCAGUUCAUCAGUCUGCCAUGUUCUCUAGUCGAGGCAGAGGCCGCGGUCGUGGUCGUGGUCGUGGUCGUGAUUCAGGGGGAGGACGUGGUUCCUUUAGUGGGAGACAUGAUGAUUCUGAUAGGGGCUCACGUCAGUGUAGUCACUGUGGGAGGACCAAUCAUGUUUCUGAGAAGUGCUGGGAAAAGUUUGGUCGUCCUCAGUGGGCUCAGGUCGCUGACGCCGAGUCGACUCGCACGUCUAUUUCUGCUACUACUUCUGGUGGUCCAGCUGCUACUGCUACCACUGUUCAGAUUUCUCAGGCAGAUUAUGAGCGAUUACGCCAGCUAGAGCUCUCUCAGAACAGUCAUUCUGCUACUCAUGCAUCCUCUUCAGGUAUGGAUGCUUAUAUAGCUUCUCCUCACAAAUCCUGGGUAUUAGAUUCUAGAGCCUCAUCCCAUAUGACAGGUAUAAAGGAUCACUUUGUAUCUUUACAUCUUUCUAAUAAGUUUCCCUCUAUCCGUAUUGCUGAUGGUACUCUUUCUCCAGUUCAUGGUGAUGGAGUAGUUCAUGCUACUUCAUCUUUGAAACUAUCUGAUGUGUUAUAUGUUCCUAAAUUUCCUGUUAGCUUAUUAUCCAUUAGCAAGUUUACAAAGCACAAUAACUGUAAAGUCACUUUUUUUCCCUCUUAUUGUGUUUUUCAGGACCUAGCAACUGGGAUGACGAUUGGUUCGGGGCAUGAGAGAGGAGGUGCGUGUUCUUCGUUACAUGAGACACCCAAACAUUGUCACCCUUAUAGGAUCAUGCUCAGAAGCUCGAGCCCUCAUCUAUGAAUUUCUUUCCAACGGAAGCCUUGAUGACUGUCUUAACUGCAAGAACAACACCCCGCCUCUUACAUGGCAGGUUCGCACCCGUAUUAUCUGUGAGAUCUGCUCGGUUCUAAUAUUCCUGCACUCCAACAAGCCUUAUCCAGUGGUUCAUGAUGAUCUUAAGCCUGAAAACAUCCUCCUUGACUCCAACUUCAUAAGCAAGCUCAGUGAUUUCGGUAUCUGCCGCCUCCUGAUGCAAUCUAGUAUCUCUGCCACCACCGUUUAUCGCCAAACUCAGCCGAAAGGAACCUUUCUAUACAUGGAUCCAGAAUUCCUCGCAACAGGGAAGCUCACUACACACUCUGAUGUCUACUCAUUUGGUGUCAUUAUGCUGUAGCUUUUAACAGGAAAACCGGCACUUGGGAUUGUCAAGGAAGUGAAAGAAGCAUUAGGUAAUGAUGUGUUUCAUAAGAUGAUAGAUCAUGCUGCUGGUCGUUGGCCUUUUGUGCAGGCUAAACAGCUGGCCUAUUUGGGUUUGAGGUGCUGCAAGACGAGGAAGAAGCGACCUGAUCUUGUGAGAGAGGUGUGGAGGGUGCUAGAGCCCAUGAUGAAGACAACUUCAUUAGCUAUGGCUUCGUUUGGGUCAGUCAUGGAGUACAGUUGCCCUAUCCCAGGUCACUUCAUUUCAGGAAAUCAUGUGGGACCCACACUUCGCAGCGGAUGGUUACACAUAUGAUGAUAUGAAGCUGAGGCUAUAAAAGGAUGGAUGGAUACUGGGCACAUAACCUCGCCAAUGACUAAUCUUCCACUUCCUCACUGCGAGCUUAUCCCAAAUCGAUCUCUUCGGUCAGCCAUUCAAGAAUGGAUUCAGCAACAUCAGCAGUGAUGAUCCUUUUGUCCUCUGUUUUCUUCCAUGUUGCGUAGUAUCUGGGUACCCUGCUUGCUUUACAAUUAUCGAGGAAUAUAUUAUAGAAAUCCAUGCUAUUAGGAACAAGGACAAAUUUUCAAAACAGACCCUUUUGGGUUUUUAUUUGCAAAA